AUGGAAGAUGGUGCCCCAAAGCAUAUUAUCCAGAUGACAGGAUUUAAGGUAGAAGAAAAAGAAGCUUUAGGCAAAUUGCUUUUAAAACUGGAUUGCACUUUUAUCAAGAGUGAGAAAUACAAAAAUUGUACACAUCUAAUAGCUGAACGCUUAUGUAAGAGUGAGAAAUUUUUAGCGGCUUGUGCAGCGGGAAAGUGGGUACUAACUAAGGACUACAUAAUUCAUAGUGCCCAAAGUGGCAGAUGGCUUGAUGAAACAACUUACGAAUGGGGAUAUAAAAUUGAAAAAGACUCCCAUUAUUCACCUCAAAUGCAAUCUGCACCUAAAAGAUGGAGAGAAGAACUGAAACGCACUGGUGCUCCUGGAGCCUUCCAUAGAUGGAAAGUUGUCCUCCUUGUUAGAGCUGAUAAGCGAAGUGACUCACUUGUAAGAGUUUUGGAGGCUGGAAAAGCAAAUGUUUUUUUACCAAAAAAUUCACCAACAGGAAUAACUCAUGUGAUUGCCAGUAAUGCAAGAAUCAAGGCUGAACAAGAAAAAGAUGACUUUAAGGCUCCGUUCUAUCCAAUUCAGUAUCUAGAAGAUUUUCUUUUAGAGAAAGAAAUUCAUAAUGAUGAAGAUUCCCAAACUAAUUCUACUUGGAAGAACCAUAGCAGUCAAGAAAAAAGCAAUGAUUUCCGGGAAAAUAUGGGAUUUCUUGAAAUGAAAGGUACCUUAAAAGAGACCAUGUGCAGAACACAGAAAGAAAUGAAAAAUCAUGAUGAAGAUGUUACUAUUAGUUCUAUUUUGACUGAACAUCAGAGCAAAGAAAAAUUCAGAGAUUCUAGGAAAAAUUUGAAAUUUGUGAAAAUGAGAAAUGCCUUAGGAAGGCAUAUUUACGGAAAUCAGGAAAUUAAGAAAAAAGAUGAAGAUAUUCAAAGGAUUUAUACUUUGAGGAAAAAACGCAAAAAAGAGAAAGAAAGAGAUUCCAGGAAGGACAUUGAACAUGACAGGAGUACCUUAAGAAAGCACAUUUAUAGAGAUCAGAAAGAAAGGAAGAAUUCCAUUUUUGCUUGUCAUGCCAAAGAAUCAAAAACCAAGGAUAUCAGGACAGAUGUGGAUAUUGUUGACCUAAAGAAUGCCUUAAGGAAACACAUAUAUAGAGCUCAGGCUGUAAGAUACCGCGGCAUUAGAAUAGAUAAACAACCAGCCUACAAUGUUGAGGUUAAAAAUGCUGAAUUUCCACGAGGAAUAUUAAAUUUAAUUGAAAGCCUCAUAGAAGGACAGUUUUUUAAAGAAGCAAUUGAGGAACUUUCCUCUUUGCAAGCACAUUAUAUCCCUCCUGUUUACCUUCUCCAUGCUCUUCUAGAAAACAUUCUACAGGAUAACAUAGAUACGUUUUCUGGUCGAUACUUUCAUAUAUGGUCAGCUCUUCUUCACCUUCACCCUCCUUGGAAGUCCCCAGCCAUGUCAACAUAUUACUUAGAGUUGUUUCAGUGUCCAACCUGUAUGAAAGGGACAUGGUCUCUAAUAGAAGUGCUUAUCAGGUCUUGCCUUUUCAAUGAAAGUUUUUGUCAUCAAAUUUCAGAAAAUAUUAUUGGCUCUAAGGUACUCCACCUAACACUGCUUAAAUUUUUCUUUAAUUUGAUUGAAAGUGAGGUCCAACAUCUGAGUCAAAAGUUGUAUGACUGGUCAGAUUCUCAGAGUCUGAAAAUAAAAGGAAAGGCAGUUCCUCUUGAAAUCUUUUGGUCAGGAAAUGAGACCUCUGGGCUUUUGACCAAACCUGUAAAUAUGCUUUUGGAGUGGACUGUAUAUUCUCACAAGGAAAAAUGCAAGUCUAAUGAUGUCUUCAGACAUGAACUAGCUUACUUAUUGACUGGAAUUCUUGGAGCAGCAGCAGAUUAUUGGAUUGUCCUUGGUCUUAGCAUGGGCAGAAACGUGGUGCGACACAUGUCUGAUGACUUCGGAAGCUAUGUCUCCCUUUCGUGUGAUGACUUUUCUUCACAGGACUUAGAGAUUUUUAUUUCUUCCUUUUCCUCCUCCUGGCUUCAAAUGUUUGUUGCAGAGGCAGUCUUUAAAAAGUUGUGUUUACAGAAUUCCAUUAGUAUUUCUUCUGAGCCACUUUCUCUUCAGAAAAUGGUAUAUUCCUACUUGCCAGCUUUGGGGAAAACUGGUGUGCGUGGGACUAGAAAGAUGCAGAAACCAAAGCAAAUUGGACCACGGCCUUGCUUUGAAUCUCAGAGGGCCUUAAUAAUGCUGAAUGGUGCUAAACAGAAGCAAGGUGAAGGGCUGCCAGAGAUACCAGAACUGAAUCUUGCUAAAUGUUCCUCAUCAUUAAAAAGAUUGAAAAAGAAGUCAGAAGGAGAAUCGUCGUGUUCCAAGGAGAAUUGCCCCUCUUUAGUUACAAAGAUAAAUUUUCACAAGACUAAUUUAAAAGGAGAAACAGCCCUCCAUAGAGCUUGCAUAAAUAACCAAGUGGAGAGAUUGAUUCUUCUUCUCUCUACGCCAGGAAUAGACAUCAAUGUUAAAGACAAUGCUGGCUGGACGCCUUUGCAUGAAGCUUGUAACUAUGGCAACACAGUGUGUGUCCAGGAAAUUUUGCAACGUUGUCCAGAGGUAGAUCUGCUCACUCAAGUGGACGGGGUGACUCCUUUGCAUGAUGCGCUGUCAAACGGACAUGUAGAAAUUGGCAAGCUGCUGCUCCAGCAUGGGGGCCCAGUGCUUCUACAGCAGAGGAACUCUAAGGGGGAAUUGCCCUUGGAUUAUGUGGUAUCAUCUCAAAUCAAGGAAGAACUAUUUGCUAUCACAAAAAUAGAAGAUACAGUGGAGAACUUUCAUGCACAAGCAGAAAAACAUUUUUACCACCAGCAGCUUGAAUUUGGCUCAUUUUUACUUAGUAGGAUGUUACUAAAUUUUUGUUCAAUUUUUGGUUUGUCUUCAGAGUCCUUCUUAGCUUUCAAAGGAUUAACUCAUCUAAGUGAGCUGCUUAUAGCUUGUCAGAAUUAUAAGGAAACCACUAGUGCUCAUACUGACUGGUUAUUGGAUCUUUAUGCUAGAAAUAUAAAGACAUUGCAGAAGCUCCCAAAUACUCUGAAGGAACUGCCUGAGAAUGUAAAAGUGUGUCCUGGAGUACACACUGAGGCCUUAUUGGUGACAUUGGAAGUAAUGUGUAGGUCGGUCACAGAGAUUUCAUGA